AUGGACCCCCUGAAAGGGGCCGGUCGCCGCCCAGUAUCCCCGAUGCACAGAGCCGAGCUGGAAGUCAAGUGGGUACAAGGAUUCACCAAUAGAAAAGUUGGAUUUGUCAACAACAGGACUGUUUGUUAUCCUUGUGGCAAUUACAUCAUCUUUAUUAACAUUGAAACACGAGAGAGAUCAUUCUUGCGGUGUCGGUAUGGAAGUAUUGGAGCCUUUGGAGUGAAUGCAAGCCAGAAUAUUGUUGCUUUUUCUGACCGGCAGUUGAAUCCUACAAUCUAUAUCUAUACUUUUCCAGGACUAAAGAAAAUAGCAAAAUUAAAAGGGCAGGCCAGCCUAGACUACUCCUUGCUUGCAUUCAGUUACACAGGUCCCUAUCUGGCCACUUAUUCCUCGCUCCCUGAAUUUUGCCUUUCAGUAUGGAAUUGGCAGAACAAAAUUCUAUUAUGUAGUCAGUCACAACCUGGGGUAGAAGUAACUGCAAUGAGUUUUAAUCCCAUGAGUUGGCAUCAGUUGUGUUUAUUUAAUGGGACCUCUGUUACCCUUUGGAGUAUUGAAAGGAGUAACAAAGAGCACAUCUUGAUUUCAAAUCCUGUCAAACUUCCUGGUGAAGAUGGAUCCUUAACAGAUGAGGAAAAUAGCUUCUUGUCCCAUCCCAAUGUCAGUGAUCCUUAUUUUGGUCCUGUGCUACCCAAUUCAGCCAUUGCUGGCUUGGUAGGAGAUGAGGCUGAAACAUUUAAGCCUAAAGAUGAUAUUCAACCUUGUGUUCGCCCUACUGUCCAUUGCUGGACUCCAGAUUCUGAUCUGUAUAUGGGCUGUGAAGAAGGAUAUUUCCUGAAAAUAGGUGCAGACACAUUUAAGGCUGUUGUUCUCACUCAAAAACUUUCUCCAGAUGCUAAAG